AAAAAAUUGAAAAUAGUUAUUGAGUUUAGAAAGUAAGAUAAAAAGCAUGAAGAUGGUAGAAGUGACGUGUUGGUCGAAGCUGCUUCCACAGACGCUCUCUGCGCUUCAUUGCUUGACAAGUGGCUCUUUCUGCAUGCUAAUCACUUCUCCCUAGAAACUUCCAUUUCUAUAAAUUUUCUUAUUCUCAAUCAGUUCUGAAUUGCACUCGAUCACCAAUUUCGGAAAAAUGGCAUUUCGGUCAGCGGCUUACUGGAAAUCAAUGGUAAAAGUGGUUGGGAGUUGUUCGAGUUUCACGACAUCAACUCUGCCCAAAUUGAAAGCCUACGCCCCCGCCGCCACUCAUGUUCGCCCCUCUUCAGCUUCAGGGGACUCUAAAUCAAAGUUGGGUGCGAGGGGGGAUAUGUUUCCGGUGUUGAUGGCGGUGGGGAUGAUCAGUCUGUCGGCGGGGUUUGGAUUAUUUACGGCGUGGCACCAGCUGGGGCGGGGGCCGAAUCUCUAUGUGAAGAAAUCGAGGAGGGAGACGAUCCCGGAGGUGGUGGAGCCGGAGCACGUGGCGGAGGAGGCGGAGAAGUUCGUGAAACAAUCUUUCUUCAGGAAGGUUGCCCAUAUUCAGGAGUUGGACCGCCAAAACGUCAUGUCUGAUCCACUCCGUGGUGAUGUGUUCACAAGGUAUAUAUUCGUAUUUCCUGAAUUAAAUGGAUUAUCCAGAGUUAAUUAUAUGAAAAAGGAGAGUAAAAUGAAAUAUUUUAUGUUGGUGGUGGCAGGGCAGUAAAGGUGGAGACACUGAGGGACGCCGGGGUGGAUCCCGAACCCAAUUAGACGAGUCUUGUGUUUUUGGAGAUAAGGGUUAUACUUAUACGUGUGUACAUACUCCGCGCUUAAUUUGCAACAUCAUUCUCCUUGCACUCGGAGAUUCUUAUCAUGCUUUGCAAACUUGCUAUAAAACCACUAAUGCUUUCUGCA